AUGGCUCAAGUGGAACUCUCGACUGCCUCGGCGGUGGAGAUCUUCUCGCUGGGAGAUGACAACAUGAACAAGCGCCAAGUUAAAAGCUCCUUUGACAAGAUUCUGGCCAAGUACAAUGUGGUGGAAGGCGCCCUCUACGCUCUGGUGGCGCUCGUAUUUUUCUACGACCUCCUGGCUACCGCUACCGAGUCCAAGCAGCUACUGUACGUUGUCAAGAACAGCUCAGCUGGUGUGCCGAACGAGAUGAGGUUGCCUACUAUUAUCGAAGUUAUUGCCAACGACUAUUGGAACGAGGUGUCGUUCCCAUAG